AUUGUGUAACUCCACCAUCAUUCUACCUACUACCUAUGUAUCCAGUAUCCAGUAGUUGUACCGAUUGAGUAAAUUUCCGGAGUCCCCAGCAUCACCCCGCGGAGCCCCGCCAAGAGAGUCCCUGAACCCCAUCAUCGCUUGCUGCCAUCGCCACUUUUCUUUCUGUUUGUUUUUUACUCUUCUUCUUCUUCUUUAUUUUCUUUAUUUUCUGUAGAUUCAUCCAGCUGUUUAUACCCCAUCGCAAUGGUUGAAAGCGUUCUCGAUGACAUCUCCCACCGGAGAUUCAAUCCGCUGAGGGGCUCUUAUAUCCUCGUCUCACCCCACCGGACCAAGCGGCCCUGGCAAGGACAGCAGGAGAGUCCCUCCAAAACUACCUUGCCUUCUUACGAUCCUUCCUGCUAUCUCUGUCCUGGAAACCAGCGCGCGCAGGGAGACUCCAACCCUCAGUACGACAGCACCUUCAUCUUCGUGAAUGAUUACAGCGCAGUCAAGGAGGAACAGGCACCUUACAACCCGGAGAACAGCAAUGAUGACCUGGAGUCGCUCUUCCUAAAGGCAGAGCCUGUCACGGGCAAAUGCUACGUGCUCACCUUUUCCGCAGCCCAUAACCUCACUCUGGCAGACUUGUCGCCGGUUGAUAUUGUUCCUGUUAUUGACGCAUGGAUCGAGCUCUACACCUCACAUCUGUCGCCCAAGUCGCCGCUUGCUGCCGUCGCUCCCGCCACCACUCUGCCUCCCACCUCUCCUACGGUCAGUCUGGAAAAGCCCAAGGAGCAAUAUCGGUACAUGCAGAUCUUCGAGAACAAGGGCGCCGCCAUGGGUUGUUCGAACCCCCACCCGCACGGACAAGCUUGGACCACGAGUUCGCUGCCCGAGGAGCCGGCCAUGGAACUGGAGCAGCUGCUGAAGUAUCGUAGGGAGCGCGGAGGUAAGCACAUGCUUGAGGACUAUGCCGCUCUGGAAAGCUACAAACAGGAGCGUGUGGUCUUCGAAAACGACGCGUUUUUGGUGGUCUGCCCCUGGUGGGCUACCUGGCCUUUCGAGACCAUGAUUGUCAGCAAGAAGCACAAGCGCGCGCUCGUCGACUUGAACGCCUACGAGAAGAGACAGCUGGCCGAGGCCAUUGCCGAAAUCACCAGACGGUAUGACAACCUCUUCGAAACGCACUUCCCGUACAGCAUGGGUAUCCACCAGGCACCGCUCGAGGGAACAGAAGAGGAAAUCGAAGCCUCGUACCUGCACUUCCACUUCUAUCCCCCCCUGCUCCGAAGCUCAACCGUGCGGAAGUUCUUGGUCGGUUAUGAAAUGAUGGGCGAGCCCCAGCGUGAUAUCACACCCGAGCAAGCGGCGGCCAGAUUACGGGGUUGCGGAGGAGAAUUGUACAGGAAGAAGCUGGAUGGCUGAUGGACUGCGCGGAGGCGAGACAUCGUAAAGAUGCAAUGAUUUGAAAUGACGUAUUGUACUUUUGAUAUAUGGGUAUCUGUAUUAUCCGGUCCAUCACCCAAUAAAGGGUCCGAAUGGGUCUGUUGUCAACAGAAUAUUCAAAUAUAUACCUGUCCACCAACUCAAGCAAGAUAAGAAUCCCGCUGUGUCAACAUCCA